AUGGUCAACGUUGCGAUUGCUGGUGGUACCGGUGAUGUAGGAAGAACCAUUUUGGAGGUAUUGCAAGCAUCUACCAAACAUGAGGCAUUUGUUCUAUCCCGAAAGUCAUCGACCGUAGUCCCAAAUACUCUCGUGGCUGACUACAACGAUAUCGAUCAACUCGUCUCCCUGCUUGAAGAUAACAAGAUCCAUACAGUCAUAUGCGCUCUAUCCGUUGAGGGGAGCUCACUUGAAACGGCUCAGCUGAACCUGAUCAAGGCAGCCGCACGGUCGCAGGCCACGAAACGCUUCGUCGCAAAUGGAUUUGCUAUCCCUUAUCCCCAGGAAGCCCUGGAGGUUUUGCCUCAGCUCAAGGUCUAUUUCGACGGAUUAGAAGCGCUUCGCCACUCAGGACUCGAAUGGACUGUAUUCCAUAUCGGGAUGUUCAUGGACUACUUCGCAACCCCGGCCCUGAAGUCGUAUCUGAAACCACAUGUGGCCGCAUUCGAUCUCGAAAACAAGGUGGCCGCUAUUCCAGGAGAUGGUAAUGUCCCUGUCACUUUGACCUAUUCAUUUGAUAUGGCCAGAUUCGUGGUUGCAUCGCUGGACUUGGAGCACUGGGAGGAGGAGAGCCGUGUCGUCGGGGAUGAAAUCACUUGGAAUGAGUUUCUUGCUCUAGCCGAGGACGCUCGUGGGUCUAAGUUCGAGGUCCAUUACGAUGAUAUCGAGAAGCUGAAGAGGUUCGAGAUCACUGAGCUGCCAGCUCACAAGGCCUUAUACGAUCGCUUCCCAAAGGAGGCCUUCCAGUGGUUUACUUCAAUCUUUGAACGGUUUACUGCUGAAGGCCAGUCUCACCUUCCCAAGGUCGGUAGCUUGAACGAACGGUUUCCCGAUAUCAAGCCUCUUUCGGUUCAGGAGAUGCUCAAUACAUACUGGAAAAGUAGAUGA